AUGCCGAUUAGCGAACUCGAAAAAAAAUGGACCGGCAUGAACUUCGACAUUGCGGCUGAGGAAAUGCGACGGCUCAAGGUAUAAUUUUAAAAAUUUACCAUUUGGCCAAUCAUUCUCUAUUUGAGAUCAUGUUCUUAAUUUUCCGAUUCAGGAAAAGCCGACAGAACGGGAACGACUUCAUCUCUACGGACUCUACAAACAAUCUCUGCACGGCGACAUUCCAACCGAAGAAUUUUAUCGUAAGUGAAGUCAGCUAUUGAACGAAAAUCUCUCUUCAAGCCGUUCCACCUGGCGACUUUGACAGGAAGAAGUACGCCGCCUGGAGAGCUCAAAAAGGUGAAAUUUUUUUCCGAAAUUUCAUAUAGUUUUUUAAAAUAUCAGGCAAGAAGAUGGAGCGUGCAAGAGAGGAAUAUCUGAAGCUGUCUGAAGAUAUGAUAAAAGAAAUAUGGAAGAAAAAAAUAGUCCGUUCCAAGUGGAAUAGCGAAGUUUGGUCUGUCGAUUAUUGA